UGGAUUUCUUACACAAACUUGUUUCCACCCAGAAACCCUGCCAACACCUGGGCACCCAGAAACCACUGAAGAGACAAAGCAAGCUGAGGAGACAGAAGGAGGAGGAAGCUAUCUCUGGCCCGUUGAACUCAGAGGCCUCACACAGUCAAUUGAGAAGCACAGUGAAGGUCCAUGGGAGGGUCCCCUAAUUGGCUCCUAACCUUGUGAGCCCACGUCACAGGUUAUGGCAUUAGCAAUUAUGAGGGUUUCCUGAAGAAAAAAACAGGAUUAUGUUAUUUUGUGGCCACGUUCAGUAUUUAGUAUUACCGCUCUAUUUGUAUUACAAGCAUUUAUACAUUUCUUGUUAUUUACCACUGUUUUCUGUCAUUGUCUUGAUCAGGGUGAAACCAUCAGACUUUGACUACCUCAAAGUUAUUGGCAAAGGAAGCUUUGGAAAGGUGUUGUUGGCAAGACACAGAAAACAAGGAGGUUACUACGCAGUUAAAAUUCUGGACAAGCAGAUGAUCAUCAAGAGGAAAGGGCAAAGGCACGUGAUGGUUGAAAGGAACGUACUGCUGAAGGGACUAAACCAUCCAUUCCUGGUGGGGCUUCAUUUCUCCUUCCAGACACCAAAGACACUCUACUUUGUCCUGGACUUUGUAAACGGAGGAGAGCUGUUUUACCACCUGCAGAGAGAGGGUUCAUUUCCAGAACCCCGAGCUGCUUUCUACGCUGCAGAGAUAGCUGCUGCACUUGGCUACCUUCACUCUCUAAGCAUCGUUUACAGAGACCUCAAACCAGAAAACAUCCUGCUGGACGGCCAGGGUCACGUGAUGCUAACAGACUUUGGUCUUUGUAAAGAAGGUGUGGCUGUCGGUGGGAUUACACACACCUUCUGUGGGACCCCAGAGUAUCUGGCUCCGGAGGUUCUUCUAGGCCAGCCAUACAGCCUAGCUGUGGACUGGUGGGGACUUGGAGCUGUGCUGUUUGAGAUGCUCUCUGGACUGCCUCCAUUUUACAGCCGCAGCAGACUAGAGAUGUUAGAAAAUAUCCUGUAUUCUCCUCUGCGGCUGCCCAGCGGCCUGUCUGAAGGUGCCAUAGCACUGUUAAAAGGGUUGUUAGAAAGGAACAUCUCAAGGCGCUUAGGCCAGAGACUUGACGUUGAGGAGCUGAAGGAGCAUUGCUUCUUUGCUUCUAUCAACUGGGAUGACCUCGUAGCCAGAAAAGUUAGGCCCCCGUUCAUCCCUAAAGUGACCGGUCCUGAUGAUGUAUGCUACAUCGCUCCUGAGUUCUGGCUGCAGCCUGUCCCUGCCUCCCUGAACGAGAGGGUCGAGGCAGCGGCAGCCAGUGUGACGUUUCCUGAGUUCUCCUACAUGAACCCAGCAGAGAACGUAGUUGCAGAGGCAGUUUUAUAAGCCCACCAAAUCCUCAGGAAGUGUGAUUGUUGAAAUAUAUUUUUUUCUAAAGGUAUAUAUAUUAUUUAUUGUAAUUUCUAUUUUUUUGUACUUGAACAGAAUAUGCAAUCCCUGACAUGGCAAUUUGCAGCAUGCUUCAUUUGUUGUUCCUGAAUAAAUAGUGAUAUAUUUUUAACUUUUCA